AUGCGAACAACACCAGGCAGUAGGGCCGCCCGCCACGGGCUGGAGGUGCUGCUGGGCGUCCUGGAGAGCGCCGUUAAACACGUCGAUCUUGGACAGACCACGGUUACUCGGAAGCGAUGUCCGCGCGCCGCCGCUCCCCCGUGAUCCCGCUGCCUUGGUCUUGGACUUCCUGGCGGCGCCGCCGCUGAGAGGAAG